UAAGUGACGGCGAUGACAGUGCUGUCCGAGUACGAAGAAGAGCGAAGGGCAAAGAUUGAGCGAAACAAAGCGAUGCUGGAGUCGCUGGGGAUAGAGGCAAAGCAAGACGCCAAGCCACAGAAGAAUGCAUGGACGAAGAAGGUCGUCGAUGGUCCUGUUCGGAGGUCGACUCGAGCUCCGGUAGAAAGGACGCGGUUCGGCUAUGACGAAGCCCCAAGUGAAAAGUUUGGGCAACGACAAUCAAAACGAGUCAAGAUGUUGCGUCAGAAGCCAGCAACAUAUUCGAUUGCCUUCCCACCACCACGCACUACAAGCUUGAUGGAGCGAAACCAAAUUGUAACUACGCCCAAGAAUGUCGGCCUCGACAUGGCAGAAACAGCCCGGAAGCAACAAUCUCUCAAGCCCUACUCGGUGAUUCUCGACGGCGUACCGCCUCACACGAUCGUGACGGAACCGACCAUCACGGGCAAGUCGUGCAAAGAGUUGACCCUCGUCGUCCCAUCCGACAGCUAUGUCGGGCACGCACUGUACCCCGUGGGAAAACUCGCGACCAUGAUGUGGCUGUGUCCAGGAUACCAUCCUCGCUUCUCGCUGCUGCAGAGCCACCAAGUGUGGACGAAUGCAAUGGUGAUCUUUAUCAACGUUGACUUGAACGACAGAUACACCAACACGUUUGAGCGCGAGAACAACUCGCUCUUCGUCUACUGGUUUGCGCGGAGCUCCCUCGCGGAAGACCAUCCAGUCCUUCAGCAACUCCUCCUUGGACCUCGCUCCAACGCAGCUCCAGCCACCGACAAUGACACAUCCUUGCAGCGUCAUGAUAAACCAUGUUUGCUCUUUUUUCGAUUUGCACAGGUGGAAGAUGCAAUGUGUACCUCCCCACGACCUCACGGCGCAUGGAUGUGUGUUCAGGGGCCAUAUAUCUACGGAGGCCAACUUGGAUACGUCCGCCAUGAUGCCGAAGGAUAUCCAUCGAUACGAUUCAAGUUUGAGUUGCUGAAUGCAGCGUUGUUCGGCGAGCCAUUGAACGCACUGCUGGACAGAAUCAACAGCGAGAACGAACGAAAAUGAAUCCCACCCACGACGUUGCGAUCGCAUUAUCAAUUAACGGCCGAGUUGUGCUUGCGCCUGGGCAGCCGCAGUGCCAGCGCUUUCCGCAGCGUUCUUUUGCAUUUGCAUUUGGAUGGACGCGAUGUUUUGACGAAUUUUCACAGCCUCCUCUUCCUUUGCAGCCAACUUCUUCUCGACCUUUUCCAUUUCCUUUUGGAUAAACUCCAAACGCUUUGUCACGUUUGACUUGGCUUCAGCCGUAUCUUGCUUGAGCAAGACGGGCCCGACCAACUUGAAUACCUUGGCCCCGUCCGCAAGCAAGUCCAGUUCUUGCUUGACCAUGCUGUUCUCAUUCUGUUGUUGGGCGAAAAGCUGUCUCUGGUUCGCAAGGACGCUCACCUACAUGCCACGUUCCAUCAAAGAGGAAUCCUCAAGCAAGGACACAUACCUCUUCUUGAAGCGUGCGAUAUGCCGCCAUCUCGGCGUCUGCUUGUUGUGCCAACGCCAUU